AUAACGUAACUUCUUCUUUUCAAGAGCAUGUCGCGUGUCUUCGCGCUGGCUUUCUUCUUCAAUGCCAUCUGUCACGCAUUCCAAUCCAAUCCGAGCCGUCCAUGCGCAUGAAGAUAUCAAUUCGAAAUCGACCCAUUCGAAGGCUCGACGCAAGUUUGCUGCUGCAGGGUUGUCAGAUUCUGCUUUCCUCUGGGUGACGAUUUUGCAUGCCUCUCCAUCUGGUACUGCACAUCAUCCUGUCCAUCAUCCCGUGACUGCUAUGCAACAGAAGCUGCCUCGCAUUUACAUGACCCACGUCCUGGUGCCGAUAGCUUUGGCCAUCGUCAGCCUGGUCUUGGAAAUUAGACAAGAACGAUUCAGAUGCCAACACCGUGUUGUACGUGUUUCAUCGAGUCUCUAUAAUUUUUUUAUUGGAUUCUCUAUAAUUGCGUCAAACGCUAUCACGACGCCUUGUAUUGAGGAGGCUGAGGUGCCAGGCAGCCUAUGCUGUGACGACAGAUGUAUGCCAUAAUCUUAGAGCGAGAAAAAAGUAUUGGUUCACUUAAAAGCGAUAUUAUGUUGAGAGAUGCCUUCUGUCACGCUAUAGACACAAUUCCGCAAUCUCAACAAACAUACAUUAGAAGGCAAAUAUCCAAAUAGUAACACAGAUAACCACGUGAACUCCGUUGAGAAAUAGCCGAUACUUCUCUACCUGCGUCCUGUAUUUGCAACAGUACACUACUCUUGACAGCCCUGGAACUGCAGCGCUGGAGUCAUUUCUACUCGUCAUCAAUCGGAGGAAAGUUUAGGUUGCACGUAAGGCAGGACGCUGCUGAAGACGAGGGAAGAGGUUAUCCAGUGUUCCAGGAGUACCCUGUGUGUCUUAAUAAAAAAAUAUAACAAAUGCU